AUGACUACCAUCCUUUUUGUUCCUGGAGCUUGGAUCACCAAGGCUUUCUAUGAGCCAUUCCUCAAAGCGCUCACGGUUGUCGGCUUCGAUGUUCGCUACGCAGACUAUGUCUCUUUAGACCCCAAGGAUCCGACCCUAACUGACUGCCAAGCUGACACCGAGGCUAUUACUGCUAUGCUUCGUCCGCUCGUAGAGGAUGAAGGGAAAGAUGUAUUGCUCUUCCUGCACUCCUACGCUGGCAUGCCCGGCGCGGCAGCGGCCACUGGGCUAGCCAAGUCGCAGCGGACUCAGGAAGGCAAAGUUGGCGGUGUCGUUGGAUUGCUUUCCCUAGGAGCCUUCAUCGUGCCCGAAGGACUCAGUUGUGCUGGUCUCCAGGGCGGAAAUAUACCCCCUUGGAUUUUACUCGACCAGCCGUCAGCGAAUCUCAAUGUAGCUGAUGACCCGAUCAACAAUUUUGCUGCCGAUGUCGACCCAGCGAUGGCCAAGUCUCUGACCGCAAAUCUCAAGCCACAUGCGACUUUGCCUUUCAUAUCGCCCCAGCCCCAUCCGGCCUGGGCGGAUGAGGCGCUUCGGGGACGGUUGGCAUUCAUUGUUACCACGGAAGAUCGUGCCGUGCCAAAGGAGGCACAAUUCGGGAUGAUGGCGGCCACGCAGCAGUCAUGGAUUGUCAAGGAGCUGGCAUCCAGUCACUGUGGUCUGUUCUUGAAUCGGAUCGACGAGACAGUGGCAUUGACCCAGGAGAUACUUGGUCAGAUUUUGUAA